CCUCUUCUCUAAACAUAUAUCUCAACAAAGAACACGAUUAUAAAAGAGAAGAGGUAUCAAAAAAGACAAGAAUCUUUAAAUCAUUUUUCAAACAAAUGGCGAACAAAGCCAUCUUCUUCUUCUUUGUCUCCGCCGUGUGCCUGUCGUCUCUCGCCGGCAAGGCCCUCGCUGACGCCGAUGACUUUGACCGUUUCCAAAUUCAGGGAUCGGUUUACUGUGACACAUGCCGUGUCCAAUUCGUUACCCGUCUCAGCAAAUUCCUUGAAGGCGCGAAAGUGAAGCUAGAGUGCAGGAGCAGAGCAAACGGAACCGUAACGUUGACGAAAGAAGCCGUAACGGACAAAUCAGGGAGCUACAGAAUGGAAGUGACUGGUGACCACGAGGAGGAGGUCUGCGAGCUCGUGCUCGUCCAGUCACCAGACAGUGGCUGCAGUGACGUCAGCAAAGAGGCUUACCUACGUAACGCCGCUAAGAUCAGCCUGACGGCGAAUGACGGAAUCGUCUCUCACGAGACACGUAUCGUUAACCCUCUCGGUUUCAUGGUUAAGACGCCGUUAGCUGACUGUGCCGCCGCUUUUAAGGAGCUUGGGAUCGUUCCUGACGUCACCUUCUAAUUAUGAUGACCACUUUUACCUCCAAAGAUCGUUAUUUAACUGUCAUCUCUAUUGUAUGUUUUUUUAUAUACCAAAAAAAAAAUUGUAAUUUGAUAAAAUACAAAAAAAUGCGGUAAUGAAAAUAAUUUA